AUGUUCGAGAAGCGCUGCACACUCUCGUCCCUGGAAGGUGGUCAGACCGACAAGAAAUGGGUGCUUUUAGGAACCGGCAAUCUUAAAAUUGUGUAUGACGAUGAGAUGUUGUGUGCGAGGAUCGUUGUCGAAGAUGUAAAUGAGCAGUUGCUCUGUGACAAUGUCAUUGCUAUUGAGACUGAGCUAAAGGUUGAUAACAAAGAGUGCGUGUGGUCGGCUAUCGAUUAUUCGUCUGAGGAAUCUGGGCACAGAACUUUCCGUGCCCAGUUCAGCUCUACUGACGCUGCGCUUGAAUUCCAAUCGAUGUUUGGCGAAGCGAAGCAGUAUGCAGAGAAAUAUGAUGUGCACGACGAGCCUGAUUUACAAGCAGCGGGUUUCGACCAUAGCAAUGACGAUCACGGAGACUAUGUCGAAGGAAAGUUUUAA